AAUCAUUUUUAUAUUUCCAAGAGAGAUUUUUUUUUUGACAACGUAUAGAAAAGUGAGGAGAUACGUGUAUCAAUAAAUUAGCGUAAUAAUAUAUCAAUAAACAAGGAAAAUGCAGCGUCUAAGAAUUCAAGUUGUUCGUAAUAUCUUGGGUACCAAGACAUAUACCACUGUUCCUAAACAAGAGCAAGUGGUAUCUGCUACAUUUAAAGUUCAGGACCCCAAGGAUUUUAAUGAACGUGUAAAAAACUCCAAAGUACCUGUCAUUGUAGAUUUUUUUGCAACAUGGUGUAAUCCAUGUCGUAUGUUAACUCCGAGAAUAGAAACAGUUGUUGCCGAAAAACAAGGAAAAAUAUUAUUAGCUAAAGUUGACAUUGAUGAAAAUACAGAUCUUGCUCUUGAUUAUCAUGUAGGAUCAGUGCCUGUACUCAUUGCUAUGAAGGAUGGGAAAGUUUUAGAAAGAAUAGUUGGUCUUCAAGAUACUGAUAAACUUAGACAAUUUGUUAACAAAUAUGCAGAGUAAUACAUCUAAAAAUUAUGUAAAACACUUUUAAAAUGGUUGCAGUUUAUUAAUUCUUGUACAGAUAUUUACUAUAUGUAAUAUGCUUUGCAUUUUACAACCAUAUUUAUAGUGAAUUUUCUUUAGUUGUCGAGUAAAUAAUAUAUAAAUAGAUGUAUCU